CCAGAGAAAUGGCGGGAAAACCGUUCUUUCGCGUGGCGUGCGUUGUGGCUCUCCUUGGACCUCUGAUGGGCGCAAGACUCUACUACGAUUCUACCGGCGAUCGAGAUCUCCUGGAGGACGCCAGCGGUGUUGUCAGCGCCGUGUUGGCAGAGGUGGUUCAGCCAACGACCUCGGUCAUUCUUCUUACGGAUGGCACCAGCUCAGCAAGUGCCAUUGCGAAGGUCUUGAGGCGAGUGGCGGCGCCCUAUGGAGUGGGCGUCUUCCAAGCAGUGCCGGAAAAUGGGAUUGGGAACAGCACUCGGGAUCGGUUUUCAGAGGUGAUCAGGCAAGCUCGAAAGGAACGCCUGAUGUCCUGGAACGUGUGUGUGGUGUUGGUGAGCGAAGACCCUGCUUUCCUCACGACCUUCGCCGACGUGGCACUCCGAGGGCGCCUGUUGGUGUGGGCCACGAAGCUGCUGCUGGUGACGAGCGUGGCACUGCAGGAACUCCGUGCUUUCCUUGGCAGCCGUUGGGUCUUCUCCAUGAUGAACGCCGUGGUGAUGGUUCUUCAAAUGGAGGGGCUGCUCCAAAAAUGGGACAUGUACAGCCAUCUUCCCUAUUCUCCCGCUGGGCCGCAGCUGGUGAGUGUGGCCACCUGGACACCAGCUGAGGGUCUGAGGAUUAAAAGCGGCCAUGGACUCUUUCCUGAGAAGUUUUGGAACUUCUACGGCGCCACCGUCAACGUCACGGCCCUUCCCUUCCCCCCCUACUGGUCCGUCCUCGAGGAGCCGUCAGCCUCGUCGCCGGGAAGGUACUCGGGCACGGACUUCCUGCUCCUCGAGGCCACGGCGGAGGCUCUCAACUUCACCUUCAGGGUUGUGCCGACGGAGACGUGGACUGAGGUCGCCGACCGUGUGGUGGAGCGCGUGGCCUUCCUGUCCCCGAUCUUCCACAACGUCCUCCCGGCCCGCCUCGAGCGCUACGAGUUCUCCUUCGUGUACGAGUUCGGUUCCCUCGACUUCUCCCGGGCCAAGCCGGACCUCCAGCCUCAGUGGCAGAGUCUCUACUACCCUCUGUCGCACGCCGUGUGGUUGGGCGUGCUGGCGACGGUGGUGGUGGUGCCGCUCUCCUUCUAUGGGAUCCUGCGAGCGAUGAGGAGCCGGGACGCGACGGGCCACGCUCCGCCGACUAGCCCCCUCACCCUGGGCAAGGCACUGCAGGAGGUCUUCGGUCUGUUCCUGGGACAAAACCUCUCGAGGGUCUUCUACAGCAGCGUCAGGGCGCGUGUGCUGGUAGGGGCGUGGCUGGUGUUCUCCCUCGUGGUUGGCACAGCUUACAGGGGCAAUCUCACGGCGUCUCUCACCCUGCCUGUGUACCCUUCCAGGCCGGAGACGCUCGCCCAGCUGGUCCUCGUGGCCGACAGGAUCACGAUGCCCUCCUACGGCGCCGAAUUCAAGUCAUUUUUCGGGAAAUCGGACUCGCCCGUUUUCAAGAGACUUUCGGAACUCAUGCAUAUCGUGUCGUCUGUGGAGGAGGGACAAAGACAGGCUAUUUUGGCGAAUCAGGCCCACCUGGACACGAGGCGCUACCAGCUACUUCACAUCGCUCAGAAGUUCUCCAACGCCGACGGAACCACCAAACUGUACAUAGGAAGGGACAGUAUCAUUCCCGGACAGUCUGCUUGGCCUCUCCCGCACGACGCCCCCUAUCGGACGCAGGUGGACCGGUGCAUCAUGGCGGUUAUAGAGGCCGGACUUUACGAGCAAUGGAGCCACAACCUCCUCAACGAAGCCAGGCGAGAGAGCAGCAGGAAGCAAAGAGAGGAACAAGCCAAGAAACAGGAAGAAGGGAAUGGAGAAGAGGAAGAAACAGAUAGCAGUGGCAGUGGACGAGCGAAGGCCCUCACCAUAGUGCACAUGCAAGGGCCGCUCAUGCUGUUGCUCCUGGGGCUGUGUGCGGCCGCGUUCGUAUUCGUUGUCGAGUGUGUGGUGGCAGCGACUUCGAAGUCUGUUCGAUUCUAAGUACAUGAAGUGGAAGAGAAAUGUUAUUUGUUCAUAUGGUUGGUGUCAUUAUUUUUAUUUUCGUGUGAACUCGGUGUCAACUGGUGAGCCUUUGUUACAAAUAUUAUAAGAAUUAAUUUGUCAUUUGAUAAACUCGAUGUUAGCUGGUGAACUUCUAUAAAUGCCAAAAUGUAGGUGUUUUGUGUGAUAUACAUGAAUGCGAGGAAUAAAGACAACUCACAAUAAUCUCUUAAACAAAGCUUCCUAUGUCAAACAUGUAACACUGCUAUCAUUUGGCCAUUAAAUUUCAUGCAAAAAGUUGUAUCAAGUUGUCUCACUGCCGCUAUAGUUGUCCCAAGUUCUUAUAUCCAUUUUCAUUUACUGCCAAGAGAUGGCACCGUGAAAAUAACGUAACCGACCUUAAUGGUUGGCGGUUAAUAGUUUAAACAAAUAAAUGUGCGAGAUAUCAAAGGUUAUAUAGCGCUAUGAUAAAGGGUCUGGUUGUUAAAAUGGUGCAAGGCGCGACCCAAUGAAUAUCAUUAUAUGGACAUGCAUAUACACA